AUGCCUAGAAGGAUGAUCCAUCUCAAUAGGCCGUUUAGAUUUCAAAGUUUUUGGCUUUCUGAUCCUUCUUUUCCGACGGUGGUUAGUCACGCUUGGAAGAAUUCGGGAAAGUUAUCGGAGAAUAUUGAAAAUUUUGUGAAGGAGGCCAGCUCAUGGAAUAAGCACCACUUCAGAAAUAUAUUUGAAAAAAAGAAGAAAAUUAAGGCUAGACUGAAUGGGAUUCAAAGGGCUCUGGCAAUUAACCCCUCUCCAUCUCUGAUUCAUUUGGAAUCCCAACUCCUUAAGGAUUUGGAUGUUGUGUGCGGCCAAGAAACUGAACUUUGGGCUCUAAAAGCUAGAAUUAAUUGGCUGGUUUUGGGAGAUCGAAAUACUUCUUUCUAUCACAUUUUGGCCUUGACUAGAAGGAAGCAGAAUUUAAUUACUUCAGUUAAAAAUGGAGCGAGUGAUUGGAUUAUGGAAGAGAGAGAAGUAAUGAAUUUUUUCAAAGAGGGUUUCUAUAAGCUUUAUACCACAGCUCAGGAGUCGGCAUCUGGGAAUAUUAGCUACAACUCUCAUUGGCAAGCCAAGAUUUCGGAGGAAGAGAAUGCUAGCAUCAGCCAUUUGGUGACUGAAGAAGAAAUCUCUGCUGCCUUAUGGUCCUUAAAGGCUUUUAAAGCCCCGAGACUGAAUGGGUUGCAUGCAGGGUUCUUUCACAGGUUUUGGAUCACUGUUGGUGACUCGGUUAGAGAAGAGGUGAAGAAGGCUUUUAGGGAAAGGAAAAUCCCAAAGUAUCUCAACAAUACUAGUAUUGUGCUAAUUCCAAAGAUGCAAGGUCCCGAGUCCAUUGGAAACUACCGUCCUAUCAGCCUAUCUGCAUUUGUGCCCGAUAGAAAGGGGGUGGACAAUGCAAUUAUUGUUCAAGAAAUUAUUCAUACAAUUGGUAAAACCAGAGGUAAAGUGGGGCAUAUGGCACUCAAAAUCGACCUAAAGAAGGCUUAUGAUAAGCUGGAAUGGAGCUUUAUUAGAUGCAUGCUGCAAAGAUUUAACUUCCCGGACAUUCUCAUAGAGAUUAUCAUGAGUUGCAUCACUACGGCUACUACUUCCAUCCUCUUCAAUGGCGGAAGCCUUGAGCCUUUUGAACCAACGAGAGGGAUAAGAUAA